AUGACAGACAAGUUCUGCUACAUGCUGAUGAGAAUCAAUAUUGACUGCAAUGGUUGCUACAGAAAAGUAAGGAGAGCUCUUCUUGAUAUGCGAGAGUUGGAGACACAUUUGAUAGAGAAGAAGGAGUGCAGGGUGAGCGUGUUCGGCAGAUUUAUCCCACAGGACGUAGCGAUCAAGAUAAGGAAGAAGACAAAUCGCAGAGUUGAGAUACUGGACAUACAAGAACUUAGCAGCAACAAUAGUAACACCAAUGAUGAAGAAAACCAAGAUCAGCAGCAGACGCCUUUGAUCACUUCUUGGAGUAAUCCCAUAUCACAUCCCAACCAAGUUGAAACCACUUGUAUGCAUGUGUGA